AAAUCUUACCCUCCUUCCAUUCCCUUUGAUUUUGCCUUUCUCCUCACAAAGGGCCCAAACAAGUGUUAUGAUUAUGAGUUUGUACUUCUUGAACGUUAAACCAAUAGGCAAUAGCCGGUAGUGACAAGAAAAACGGUGUCGUUCUGGGCUGGCGCGCUCGUGCCGACGAGAAAGAGAGACCAGAUUACCCCGACCAAGAGAACAGAAUGGCAACAGUGAACGAGAUGGCGAAUUCGGAUCAGUCCCCAAACACCGACGCAGACAAUGAACUCCAAAACCCUAAUUCUUCUGAUGCAUUCAACCCCAGCGUCCCCGGUCCUCCCAUCGUUUGCCUUUUCAGGUUCGCCGGCGACUCCGCCGCUGGUGCUUUUAUGGGCUCCAUCUUCGGCUACGGUUCCGGAUUAGUCAAGAAGAAAGGCUUCAAAGGAUCCUUUGCGGAGGCAGGAUCUUCUGCCAAGACAUUUGCAGUCCUGUCUGGAGUGCACAGUUUGGUCGUGUGCUUGUUGAAGAGGCUGCGAGGAAAAGAUGAUGUCAUUAAUGCAGGAGUAGCUGGAUGUUGCACUGGCCUUGCCUUGAGUUUCCCAGGUGCACCCCAGGCUCUUCUACAGAGUUGUCUCACCUUUGGGGCAUUCUCAUUUAUUAUUGAAGGGCUCAACAAGCAGCAGCCAGCGCUGGCGCUUUCACUUUCCAUAAGAAACAAGAGCAUGCAAACAAGUGUACUUCCUCCCUUAGCUUUUCCCCUUCCAAAUGAACUAAAGGAGGCUUUCUCCACCUACUGCGAGUCCUUGAGGAAACCCAAGAAGUCCAAAUCUCCUGCAGCUUACUGAUGAACAAUGGGUGCACCAGACCCAUGGGUCAUAUUGCACUUGUAAAAAUGUUUGAUUCUGAAACUUGAUGCAAGUUUUAAAAUUUCAUGAAAUUUCAUGGAUGUGACAUUAUUUCUUUA